UGACAGUUACUGUGUAAUCGACUGUUGAAAUUCCAAUGCUAAGCAACUUUAGCCAGCGUGCUAACAUGUAAAUUAGCCAAUGUGUAGAACUAUAUAAUGUGCUGCGCAAUCCCGAAUUCAAGCGCGUGAAUGAUAUUUAUUCCCAAAAAAUAGGCACAUUUUGGAAUUUGCCUUGAUGUUUGCUACUGCGCGUGUCUCGGCUCCCGCAACCAACAUGUCCAGUUAGCCCGAACGCAGCAUUCGGUGGGUAACGAACCUGGCGAGCUAGCCAAGAGCCCAUUUGGACUGUGGCUGUGUGGAGGGAUCUGAAGCGGUUUCGUCGCUCACAGGACAAUAAAGCCGGAUGCUGUGACUACAAUGAGUCCCGGAGGCUGCCCCCAUGUCAAUGGCUUCAAAGUGGACAACUGGAAGCAGAACCUGAGGCUCAUUUAUCAGUGUUUCGUGUGGAGCGGUUCCGCUGAGACCAGAAAACGCAAGGCAAAAAGGAUGGACAGUCCAAGCUGUGGGUUGGAGGACAACACAUUAGCAUCCUCCAACUGGAAGGCCAAGUCAUGUAUCUGUCACAUGUGCGGCGCCCACCUCAACAGACUCCACUCCUGCCUCUACUGCGUCUUCUUCGCCUGCUUUGCCAAAAAACAUAUCCACGAACAUGCCAAGAGCAAAAGACAUAACCUAGGCAGCAUGUGAAGAAAUGAGUGUUGGUUCAGAACACUGAUGCCAUGCUGACAUCUCUCAAAAACUUCAUUAGUGAAUUUACUAAUGAACAGGGACUUGGAUUGGUCUUGGUAGCUGAGUAGGAUUAGGUUUAUAUGUUAGUCUGUUUGCUAUAUAUGUGCUUUAUGAUUGGAUUUCUUGAAAAUCCCUUUAAAAAAUAAAAACUGUAGAAAUUAGAGGAUUUUACACAUUAAAUAUCUUGGUGUGUCAGGGACCAAGCAGUACAAGCAGCGAGGACACAGAAAGUUAUUUCAAAACCUGGGUUUUUAUUGACCCUAAAAUAAUACAAAAAUCCAAAAGAAUGACUAAACUAGCCGGCCAUUAAAAGAGGUCAACUAAAUUUAACGAUACUCAAAAGUUUAACUUAAAAUCAAACUUACCUGAGGGAAAAACUGGCCUAACACAAUGAAGAUAACUUAUAGUGGUUUGCGCCCCCCCCAAUGAUCCAGCAGCACAUGGUUUUAGCCUGACGAGCUGGCAUCCAGAUUUAAAGCUCCUCCGCCCUUUGCUACGCCUCUCAUCAGUAAGGAAAUGAAGCUUGCACCACCACGGUAACUCUAAACAAGAACAAACAUGUUAAAGCACAUAACCUUCCAUUGUUGAUACGUAUGCACUCCAAAUCAUCAAUGCAAGGUAAAACAUGAAUACAAAUACGGUUUAAUAUUUACCUGCAAAAAAAAGUAUAAUGAAAAUAUGUGACCAACAUCACCAUCGUGGGGCUUAAGCCAUCACAUGGAUAAUUAGCUGAUUUUAUUUCUCCUUCAAAACGUCCGAUAAUCUGAACCAACUUCUCUGCUUCUAACUGCAGCUCGAUUAUUGAUGCCAUGUUUACCUGACAAAUUGAAAAGAUGCAUUUCAGUCGCUCAACUAAAUAUUUGCAUCAAACAGAGACGAUCUGGAUUCGUCCAGAUUUGAAUAAAGCUAAUGUCAACUGUAGGCUCCCCUCCCCUCCAUCUCUGUUAUUUCCAUAGAGACGGAGCAGCCUGUAACCAUCCACUGAACUCCGCCAUUAAUACCAGCUGCCAAAUGAUCGACUGAACUUUAAAUACCAAUGUAAACCCCUCUGUGGUCGUCUGAUUAGGAAAAGAAAAGGUUGUGUGGCAUUAAAGUGGCUUUCAUUGGCAACUGGAAACUCUGUAUUUCUUGUUGCCAGGCAGGGAAAAUCAAGGAAAGUGGAUUUCUGAGGCAGAUAAUGAAUCUCAACCAGAGCCCUCAGUAGCUGGAUUUAUACUUCAGAGCGUUGCUAAGUACAAGAACAAGAUGGUAAAUUUGGAUGAGAUGAUAUCACAUUUUGACUAAACACAAUGUCCCUCAAGGACCGGAGUUUGAGAUUCCUGCCGUAGAUGGAUCGAAUGUCUUGUUUUUAUCACAGAGAUCAAUGUAAAUGUAAUCAGUCUAGUUUUGAGAUAGUUUUAUCACCCAGCACCUACUUUAACUGGUAAUCAGACCUACAUGUGAAGACACUGAACAGUGGAGAAAACUCAUCGCAAUGCUUCUGGAUAGCUUUUCUUUUUAUCUUCUUACUCUACCCUGUUUUAAGUUGGUUACUUUUUAAAACCAUGCGUUACCUACAACAUUACCAAACAAAAUUAAAAAGAAAUGUUUAACGCUAUGCAGCACCCUGUUAGUCUUGAGCUGUAGCUUCCUGUUAUAUUCUCCUCCUAACAGAUUUGGGCUGUUCAGAGCUGGCAGUGGAGCACUGCAGCGUUCUGCAGAGGACACUCAGGGUGUCGGCCACAAAAAGCUGGUUUUGGCAGAUGUUGAGACUCUGUUCGGUGGUUUUAUGCAGCUUUCUUUGCUCCACUUAUCAGUCCACUCAGGAAAGACCUCCUGUGGUGUGUUUCCCAGAGUGUAAUUGUUUAAUUAGUUUACCUCCUGAAUUAAUUGCUGCAGAAAAACUAAAGUAAAACAGUCAAACAGAGAAAAAGGGACCGAUCUCAAGAAACUGGGGAGAAGGUAAUUAAGAUGUCUCGAUCACACUCAGUUAAAUUAGCCUUCAUCAAAGACACCUCCUCAUCCUCCUCCUCCUCUUUUUCUUUGCCACUUCAUCUCUUUCAUCCACCCGUUUUUCUGCAUUUUCACUCAGCCUCUUGCCGCAUUCUGUUUUCCGUCUUAUGCUGGCUCCACUCCAUGCAUGGUGUACCAAACAAGAUGCACCGUGCAGGUGCUAAUCUAAUCUCACCAGUUUCUCACAACAUGUCAUAUCGUCAUAACCCUUCACAUUAGCACGCCAAGUGUGUAAUGACUGUGUGAAAUAAAUGGAGUCAGUUAAAAACAUCCCUUCUCUGAACGUUUAAGCUCACUUAAUCUCAGUUAUACUUAUGAGGGUUUAUUUAAUUAACACCAUUGCUCUUACCUGAGUGUUGUAUUCAAUCUAUAUCACCAUUUGCCAUCACAAUUCACAUCACCCUAAAAAACUAACUAAACAGCAGUUGAACAGGAGUAGUUUAAACGUUUUUAAGCUAAUUUCUGUUGUUUAUUUGACUCUGAUGCUGUUGCUAAACAAAGCCACUGCCUCAAAUCAUCACAGGGAAAUCCAUGGGGUGGAGGUGGGUUGAAAUAAAAAGCUUUUAAUGAUUUAUUUAAUGUCACAGUCUGUGGGAGUCUAAUGAACAGGUGAUCAGAUGCCAAAUUAACCAACUGCUGCCUGUCUGCUAAUGUGAAUAAUUAACUGCAACAUGUUUUUGGUCUUCUACCUAAAGAUUAAGCUAGCUCCAACAUUAAUUGACCCAUUCUGGCCUUGAUUUCUGUCUUUUGCCAGUGCUCAAUUACAAAAAAAGGUAAAUCAGGACCUUCAAGAGAAAAUUAGAGUAUCUUUGCCAAAUUUCCAAAAUAAAUGGAGCAAAAGUGAAGAUGUAAGAAUGCCUGCAAUUAUGAGUAUAAAGCAAGAAAAUGUAACAUACAGUACAG